AUUUAUAUAUUAUUUGGGCUGAGGCCCAGUAUUUAGUCUUCGCUAAACCGUGACUUUUGUGGACCGGUUUUACAUUUCGGGUCAAAACGAUCCACGUGAGGGUUCGUCUUGUCGGACUUCACUGCCCUAAUCGUGUAACUCAAAUCGGAACCUCUUCUUCUCUUCUUAGUUUUCAUGAUUUUUCACCGUUAACAGUAUCGCAGAGCAACACAUGGCUUCAUUAUUCAAGGAUCAAGCGAAGCUCUCAGCGUAUAGAGAUAGAAGAUUCCCCGGAAAUCAAGAAGAAUUUGAGCAUGCGCUGAUAACUUCAACAACCGUUUAUGUUGGGAACAUGUCGUUUUACACAACGGAAGAGCAAAUUUACGAACUUUUUUCACGAGCUGGUGAAAUCAAAAAGAUCAUCAUGGGAUUGGAUAAGAACACCAAAACUCCAUGCGGUUUUUGUUUCGUAUUAUAUUACUCUCGUGAAGAUACUGAGGAUGCUUGCAAAUAUAUAAGUGGGACAAUACUGGAUGAUCGCCCUAUUCGUGUUGAUUUUGAUUGGGGAUUCCAGGAUGGAAGACAAUGGGGUCGUGGUCGUAGUGGGGGCCAGGUGCGUGAUGAAUAUCGCACUGAUUAUGAUCCUGGUAGAGGUGGAUAUGGAAAGUUGGUUCAGAAAGAGUUAGAAGUACAAAGGCAGCUUGUAGAUUAUGGUGCUGGUUCUUUGGGAUCUUUUCCCCCAGUUAUUCCAUCUUCUUAUGGUAGACAUGGUGGUAGCCAUGGUCAUGGUGGUUCCUAUCGGCAUGGUAGAGGAGAUUACAAUAGGAAGAGACACAGAGACGAUGAUCGCCACACACACGAGCCCUCAAAAAGAACAUCAGAUCAUGAAUCUCGGAGGAACCCUGAUCAUGAAUCUCGAAGGAACCCUGACCAUGAAUCUCGAAGGAACCCUGACCAUGAAUCUCGGAGGAACUCUGACCAUGAAUCUAGACCGGAAAAAAAUCCACGAUUUCGGGAGAGUGGUGAUUCUGAUGAGGAGGAGGAAGAUGAUAAAAAAAGACGGGGUUAAUCAGAAUGUCAUACUUAAUCAAGCUGAUUUGCAUUGAAAAUUUUCUUCUGGCAUGAUGAAAGUGGCAAAUUGUGUAUUGUACAUCAUUGCGAAUUGCAAAAGAUCUUACUAUCAAGUUAACCUUGUGAAAUUCAUGGCUACAUCUGCCGCAUAUGGCUGUGCUAAGUUGUUGCUCUUUAUGUGUUGUAGCAAUAGUUUUCUUAUGCCUUUGUUUUUCCUCAUAAUUUAUUAGAAUUAGUUAACUUUAUGGAUCUUAUGCAUUAGGGAUCAGCUUAUUAGGUUAACGAUGUGGCACUGAUCCUGUAUGAUUAAUCUAGCCGUACGUGCGCCAGCGUGAUAUAUACUUUGGUUGCAUUGAGAAUGUUAAAAUCACUUUAAAUGCGUGA